AUGGGAAGAAUCAUCCUUUAUGAGCGUGCCAAUUUCCAGGGCAUGUCCAAAGAAUUCACCUCUGAUAUUGCCAAUUUAAGAGAUGUAGAUUGGAAUGAUCUUGCCUCCUCGGCAAAAGUAAUUGGCCAGCCUUGGGUGCUUUAUGAGCAUUCAAACUACGGAGGCAAAUUUCUGGUACUUGAGGAGGGAGACCAUAGCCUUUUUAGUUCAAAGAUGAAUAAUAAGGUCAGUUCUCUGCAGAUGAUCACUGAAGAUCUGAGCAAUCCGGAGAUCACUCUCUAUGAGGAUGCCAACUACCAAGGGAAAAGCAGGGUAGUACGAGAAGCGACCAACCUGGCUGCGGGACACGACAAUGACAUCAUGUCUUCCCACAAAGUCCAGAGAGGUGCCUGGCUGCUGUGUGAAAACAGUGAUGGAAGUGGAAUUCAAUACCUUGCUCGAGAACGUGAAAACCUUCCAAAUUACAAGGCAAUCAAUUUCAAUGACAAGCUUUCCUUCCUGCGUCCCCUUCGUGCUGGCCGUUCUUAUUAG